AACUUCAGAGUCUGACCAGAGCCUGGGAUUACCACACCCGCCCGUUCAGCAGUAAUGCGUCUCCUUCUGUAAAGGGAUCGUUCCGCUCCCCACAAUCCCUGUACAAAACACCCAGCUACAGGUGCUCGGAUCUAAAAUGCCUGUCAACCAACGGUGAAACUAGAGAGAGAUCAUAUUCCAUCCGACUUGCGCCUCAGGGCAGAGCCACAGAACGGGAUAACUAGUUAGUCCAGCAGACACACGCAAGCAAGCAAAGCAAACCACAGGCGCGGUGGGGACCCUAGGUGAUGCGGGGAGCCCGAAGCUGGUCUCUGCGGUACCGGGAGCGGGAAGUGCCCCCAACUCUUCCUCGGGCGGUUCCUCCUGCUGCUUAGGGUCAGCGUGUGCGUGGGUGAGCCCUAGAUCCGGCAGAGGUUUGGAUCGUUUGGAAAGAGACGCUCCCAUCCUCCUGCUCCCGGCUGGAUUUUCGUGCAUAGUUCUGCACCCAUCCGAGUCACGUGGGGGGCUGGGUUCCCACUGGCGUAUACCUCCAGCAGCAGCAGUUAGUGUGAGCCGGGCUCAGAGCAGAGCGCUGCUAUUUAAAGUCAGUGCCUCGCUCUUCACCGGGGGGCUCCUCAAGCAGCGGCGAUCAAUUUAAAACCCUUGUGCAUGGCAGAGGCUGUAUCUGUGACUUUCUGCAAGAGGAGCAGGGUCAGCUCUUAGCUGAGCUUUCCAGGCUUGGAUAAGAAAUGGAUAAGGAUGAGAUUGACCUUCAGAGAAUCCCCCCAGAGGCACCUUGGGGGCCACACACCGACAGUACAUUUCAUGGGGUGGAAUUUCUGCCAGAAGAUCUUGGUGAGGCUCUGAAUAAGACUGCAAUGAGAGUGAAUGAGAAAUAUUCCUCUCUACCUGCUGAGGAGAAGGGGAUUCAUAUUAUCAACAUCCGAGCUAUUGAAGACAUCGGAUACAUCCAGCGUGAAAGUACAUUAUUAAACUCACUGUGUCAGGAUCCAGAUGCCAACUGCAAACAUGGACUCUAUUUUAGAGAUGGCAAGAGGAAAGUGGACUACAUCUUGGUUUACCAUUACAAGAAAUCCUCAGUCAGUAAGACGCUCACUAGACGAAUUCAUCACAAUGAUUCAAGUGCCCGAAGUAUCAAACAGGAUCAUCAGCUUCCUGGGAAGGGUGGGCACCUUGACGUGGGAGAAAGUGAGCUUCACAUGGACUAUCACGAAGAUGAUAAGAGAUUCCGCAGAGAGGAGUAUGAAGGCAACCUCAUGGAGGCUGGUCUGGAAUUGGAAAGAGAUGAAGAUACUAAAAUACAUGGGGUUGGAUUUGUAAAAAUACAUGCACCUUGGAAUGUUUUGUGCCGGGAGGCAGAAUUUCUGAAACUCAAGAUGCCCACAAAAAAGGUGUAUCAGAUAAAUCAAGCCCAUGGUCUUUUGAAAAAAAUUAAUUCUGUAAUUCAAAAAAUAACAGAACCUAUCCAGCCAAAAGUAGCAGAACACAAACCAGAGACAGUGAAACGCCUCUCGUACCCCUUCUCCCGGGAGAAACAACACUUAUUUGAUUUGUCUGACAAAGAGUCCUUUUUUGACAGCAAAACUAGAAGCACGAUAGUUUAUGAAAUAUUGAAAAGAACAACAUGUACCAAAGCCAAGUAUAGCAUGGGGACAGGAGAGGGAAGAAAGACGGAAACUACCCUUUUAAAUAAAAGAUGGAAAUGUGGUAAAUAUGGAAUCACCAGUCUGCUUGCCAAUGGAGUUUACAGUGCUGCAUAUCCUUUGCAUGAUGGUGACUACGAAGGUGAAAAUGUUGAGCUCAAUGACAGAAAACUCCUGUGUGAGGAAUGGGCAAGCUAUGGAGUCUUUUAUAAAUACCAGCCAAUUGACCUGGUGAGAAAAUACUUUGGAGAGAAGAUUGGACUGUAUUUUGCCUGGCUGGGAGUUUAUACUCAAAUGCUCAUUCCUGCUUCCAUUGUAGGGGUUAUUGUGUUUCUGUAUGGCUGUGCGACCGUGGAUGAGAAUAUACCAAGUAUGGAGAUGUGUGAUGAGAGAAACAAUAUCACCAUGUGUCCUCUUUGUGACAAUACAUGCAGUUACUGGAAAAUGAGUUCUUCCUGUGCCACUGCUCGAGCGAGUCACCUGUUUGACAAUCCAGCAACUGUCUUCUUCUCUGUCUUUAUGGCUCUGUGGGCUGCCACUUUUAUGGAACACUGGAAGAGAAAACAGAUGCGUCUCAACUAUAGAUGGGAUUUGACUGGGUUUGAAGAAGAGGAGGAGGCAGUCAAGGCUCAUCCCAGAGCAGAAUAUGAAGCUAAAGUAUUAGAAAAAUCACUGAGGAAAGAAUACAUACAUAAAAAGAAGCGUCGACAUUUGCCAGAAGAGACAGGAAACAAAUGGAGACAGAGAGUUAAGACAGUCAUGGCUGGGGUGAAAUUGACUGAUAAAGAGAAACUGACAUGGAAAGAUCGUUUUCCAGCAUAUUUUACCAAUUUUGUUGGCAUUAUCUUCAUGAUUGGACUGACAUUUGCUAUCGUGUUUGGAGUCAUUAUAUACAGAAUCUCCACUGCAGCAGCCUUAGCCCUCAGCUCAACUCCCUCUGGCCGGUCUAGUGUUAGAGUAACAGUCACUGCAACUGCAGUUAUUAUUAAUCUGGUGGUGAUCAUCAUUCUGGAUGAAGUAUAUGGUUGCAUAGCCAGGUGGCUAACUCAGAUUGAGGUCCCAAAAACAGACAAGAGUUUUGAAGAGCGGCUGAUCUUCAAGGCCUUCCUUCUGAAAUUUGUCAAUGCCUACACUCCCAUUUUCUACGUUGCUUUCUUCAAAGGCCGAUUUGUUGGACGUCCAGGAGACUAUGUCUACAUUUUUCAUUCUUUCCGAAUGGAAGAGUGUGCCCCUGGUGGUUGCUUAAUGGAAUUGUGUAUCCAGCUUAGUAUUAUCAUGUUGGGCAAACAGCUGAUUCAGAAUAAUCUCUUUGAGAUUGGUAUCCCAAAAAUGAAGAAAUUAAUAAGAUACAUCAAAUUAAAGCGACGACGCUCUUUAGAUCAUGAGGAGCAUAUGAAAAAAAAACAACGCUAUGAAGUGGACUAUAACUUGGAGCCUUUUGCUGGGCUUACUCCAGAAUACAUGGAAAUGAUUAUCCAGUUUGGCUUUGUAACCUUGUUUGUUGCAUCCUUCCCGCUGGCUCCUUUGUUUGCGUUGUUGAACAACAUCAUUGAAAUACGUCUAGAUGCAAAGAAAUUUGUCACUGAGCUUAGAAGACCAGUUGCAGUCAGAGCAAAAGAUAUAGGAAUCUGGUAUAAUAUCCUCAGAGGUGUAGGAAAACUUGCUGUAAUAAUAAAUGCAUUUGUGAUCUCAUUCACAUCUGACUUCAUUCCACGCCUCGUGUACCUGUAUAUGUACAGUGAGAAUGGCACCAUGCAUGGCUUCGUGAACCAUACGCUAUCCUCUUUUAAUGUCAGCGAUUUUCAAGGAGGAACAGCUCCAAAUGACCCAAUGGAACUUGGCUACGUGGUUCAGAUAUGCAGAUACAAAGAUUACCGAGAACCCCCAUGGUCUGAAAACAAAUAUGAAAUUUCAAAGGACUUCUGGGCUGUCCUAGCAGCAAGAUUAGCAUUUGUGAUAGUUUUUCAGAACUUGGUCAUGUUUAUGAGUGACUUUGUGGACUGGAUUAUCCCAGACAUUCCCAAGGACAUUAGUCAGCAGAUUCAUAAAGAGAAAGUUCUCAUGGUGGAGGUGUUCAUGAAAGAAGAACAGGGAAAGCUGCAAAUGCUAGAAACCUGGAAAGACAAGGACAUGAAAAAAGGUGAAAACUGUAACAACCACAGCCCCAAGCUCUCAAGGAGCCAAAGCGGGAGCAUGUCCUCCUGCCAUUCAUAUCACAUUGAUGUAUAGAAGAGGAGGGUAUUUUUGUUUUGUUGAGGCAUUCCAUUGAUGAACAAGCCAUCACUUAAAGGGCAAGACUUGAUUUAUGGACAACCAGGUGAAUGUUUAAGUAUGUGCAACCAUUUUGCUCCAUCUUUGUGAGAAGUGCACGUCUUACAAAUAUGGAAGGCCACAUUCUAUUGCGGAUAGGAAUUUUUUUUUAAGUAAUGCAGGGAAUUUUUAUAUUUCAUAGUUAGAUAACACUAUGGAUGUUAGUGUGUGUUAACAAAAUGCUGGUACUUAGAAAUGUUCUCUGAGAAUCUGACUUUAGCUUAUUAAGAAAUAACCAAAGUAAAUUUCAAAUCAUAAUUUUAAAUCUUUUUAGCAGUCCAUUCCUGAAAGGCUUCGGGCAGAUCUACAAAAUAUAUGCAAAGUCAAUUUUACAAUGUGCUCUAGCAUUUCAUAUAACAGGAGAAAGGAAAUAAUAUAACCUUUAUAAGGCAUCUUCAGUUUCAAAAGAUGCAAGUCAGCUCCCCUGCCAGACAUAAUCUGGAUUUGAACCCGCAGAUCCUAGGCAAACAAAACUCCCAUUGCAGUCACUAGGCUAUAUACACUGAAGCUGGUGCAGGGUAAAUUACCCAUUGGGAGAUUCACCCUAUCGACAGGGAUGGGGGGGAAGAGGGGAGAGAGAAUAGCUUUUUUUUUUUUUAAAGCUGGGACUCCAUAGGGACCCUGCUAGCAGUCUGCUGUGCACUAGAGUCUUCCAUUUGGGCACUUCCCCACUCAGAAAAAUGAGAAGAUGAAGUCAGCGCAGAACACGUUAACCUUAACCCCAACUCUGUGCGCCACUGACAGCUCUUCACUGACCCAAAAAGCUCAUCAGGUGAACGAUUCGUGUUGAUGCAGGUGCUCCAGUGCCCUAGACAGUACUGUGGUCUUGUUAUAGUAUACUAAGGGUUCUGAAGCAGUAGCAGCACAGCAGCAGCACAAUUUCAUAGGAUUUCCCAGCAGCCAGAGCACUGUGGAGCAUUUUUAAAAGUGUCCUGAAUUAAUGAGCACAUGUAUAGCUACAGUAAUUUACACUGCCCCACCUAAUAUCCAGGCACCAUCGUUGCUGAAAGGAUACACUGAAUCCACCUUUCCUCACCAGCUCCUUCUCUAUAGCUCACUCUCCUUUGCAAUGAAGAGGAGGUCACAUGGUCACAGCCACUUUGCUUGGCUGCAGUCUCCCCAGCAUGGCAGACUUUCUGAUACUAAUAACAUCUACCACCGACUAUGCCAGGAAGAAUAAGAGUAGAUUCUGUGUGAAUAUGAUCUUAUUGUCUUUAAUGGAAGUUUUGCCUACUCUGGAACUACAGGAUCAGAACUUCAAUUACAGGACUUUUAUUUUGUCUUAAAAAAAAUUAUAGACAUUUCCUUAAAAUAAAUCUAAAAUCCUUAUCUGGAAUGCAUAUCCAGACCCCAUCAGUGCAACUCUUUUCAUGUAUAGUACAUUUUUAGUUUAAGGUUUGUCUAGUGAUAAACUGCAUUUCCUAAUAAUAUUGGUGCAAUUAACCUCAUUCCCUUUAACACCUUCUCUUGUCCAUGGCACUUAUACUGAAAACAGCAAGCUAAACAAUAAACUAAACCAAAUAACUAAAAUAAAACCAAAAGUUUCAGUCUAUCUACUGUAUGGUUUGUUCCAAAAUCAAAUGUCAAAAGACUUAUACUUCAUGAAAAUAAGUGGGGGGGGAGGGUGUCUUUUUUAUUUUUGUUUGCCAACAUAAUUUAAAGAUUUAAAAUAGAACUUUAAAAAUACCACACUUUGUUUUGUAAUAUUUAUUGGUUUUACUAUAAAGUAUGUGAUUACCUUCAGAUGUUUUUUCUGUAGUCUGUUCAAAAAGACACCAGAAGAGAAAUUAUGUGGAAAGAAGUGAAUUAUAAUAACCAAAUAUUGUUAAAACUAAUUUAAAAUAUUGAUCCAACCAAAGAUUUGUAUUAAUAAAGGGCUUAUAUUUUGUUAAUGCUUGUUUCUCUAAUAUUUUGACUUGCAGGAAUGUCACUAUUUUUUUUUAAUUAUAAUUUGAGAUGUUUAGUAAAAUAGGGCCAAAUCCUGUUUGAUUUAUUCUCACACAGAGUAAGCACUAUGCCUGGUAGUACCUGUAUGCAAAAUCAGGCUCACUGACUGCAGCAGAGUCACUAGCAUGAGUAAGACAAGCAGAGUUUUGUCCAUACUCCUUAGAGAAAAUAUAAUCUUUAUUUCAUUCAUUAAUAACCUAAAAAGUCUAGAAAGAAACAGACACAUUUUAUGAAGAUAAAUGUGAGGGAACUUACUCUGAAGGAAUUUCAACUGUAAAUAAUUUAUCUAAUAUUCUUGGCUUAAUACUGACAUUCCUGUAAAUAGUAAACUAUACCCAAGUACAUAUGUCAUAAAUUUUAUUAUUUGCUGAAGUCAUAAGAGUAACUGAUGGUUAUACUCUCUUUUGUACAGUAAAUUGUUUGUUUGAAAUGAGAUUUUGUAUAUAAAUACUGUAUUACUACUUAGAUGACUAUAUAAAAAUCCUUUCAUGGAAACCAUUUUUUAAGAAAAGUAAAUGCUUUAAUUUUUUUGUUCAACAUUUAUUCAGAAUAAAUUUAAAUAUACAAGA